AUGGCGGCUCUGCUGAAGUCUAAGUAUGAGAAUGCAAUAGUUGGGCCACGUGCGAGUCAGCUACCUGCGAUUGUUCUCUCCGAAUAUAAUAUUACAGCCUCGUACUGGAAAUGCUGGAAAGCUAAGGAGCUGGCUAUAUACUCUGCUCACGGAACAGAGGAGACUUCUUUCAAAUUAUUACCGAUUUACCUCCAUGUGCUCAAGUAUGCUAACCCUGGCACCAUAACGCAUUUGAUAACCGAGAGCGAGAGAGAUGAAAAAGAAGGAAAAUGUAUUACCAGGUUUAAGUCCGUAUUUAUGGCAUUGGCUGCGUGUAUAUCUGGAUGGAAACAUUUGAAACAAGUAGUUGUUGUUGAUAGGACUCACCUCACUGGUAAGUAUAAGGGUUGUCUAUUAACGGCCAGUGGACAAGAUGCUAAUUACCAGGUAUUUCCAAUAGCGUUCGCCGUUGUUGAUGCAGAGUCUGACAAGACGUGGAGGUGGUUCUUUGAGAAGUUGUUAGAAAUAAUUCCAGAUUCCUCUGAUCUUACUAUUAUCUCGGAUAGGCACGGUGGAAUUGCCAAAGCUAAAAAGAAAUGGUAUCCACAGUCACACCACGGUGCAUGUCUUGUCCAUAUCCAGAGAAAUGUUCACGGUAAAUACAAAGGUUCCGGUCAGAAAAGGUUGGUCGGAAAGGCUGGAGAAGCGUUCACAGUUUCUAAUUUCAAGAAACUAUACGCAAGGCUGAAGGAUGUUGAUUAUGGUUGUUGGGAGUACAUGGAAAAAAUCCCUCUUGCGCUGUGGACUAGAUCACACUUUUCUGGUCAGAGGUAUAAUAUGACCUCCAAUAACAUUGCAGAGUCUCUGAACAAUGCACUAUUAGCUCCAAGAGACAGUCCAAUCGUUGCAAUGCUAGAAUUUAUCAGGCAAAUGUUAAGUAGGUGGCUUGAAUGCAGAAGAGAGACCAUUCAAAAGAUGGAUGGUGACAUUACAGAAGAGGUUGACAAGUUAAUGAACCUGCAGCAGCAAAAAUCUGCUGCACUUUCGGUUCAAGGCAUUUCUUUGUGGGAGGUUGAAGUGAGUUCUGAGUUCGGUGUACGAAGACUUGUUGAUCUCCUAAACAAAACAUGCUCAUGUCUAGAGUUUCAGACAUUGAAAUACCCUUGCCGACAUGCAAUGGCCGCGGCUAGGCUUCGCCAAGUGGAGUACAGCAUUUUGGUUGAUCCAAUUCUUAAGAAAUCAAUUUGGAGUGCAACAGUUUGUGGCAAAAUCCUACCAGUGCCCGACCCUGACGACAUUCGAAUCCCAGCAGAGGUGCGUGACCUUAAUAUUAUGCCACCUAAGGCAAAACGUCCAUCAGGAAGGCCUACGACGAAGAGAAAACUUUCAGCAGGAAAGUAUCCUCAGGUUGCAAAAAAAAAGAAGCCAAACAAAUGCUCUAGAUGUGGAAAUGCCGGCCAUAACCGGGCAAAAUGCAAGGAACCAUUGGGUUGA